AUGACCACUCCAGCACGCCUGUUCACAGAUUUAGUCCUAUCACAGUGGCGUGAUGCUUCGUCGUCGGGCGAGGUGGCCGUUAGUGGAGGGGAUCUGACCAUCGCCGAUGUGGUGGCAGUCUCGAGGCACUUAGCACACGUGGAUCUUACCUCAGCGUCCAUCGAUGCCAUCGAAGCAUGCAGCAAAAUCAUCCCGGAGAGGAUCGCCCAGGGCGAAGUCAUCUAUGGCGUCAACACGGGGUUCGGCGGCAGCGCCGACGCAAGGUCCCACGAUGUUGAGAGGGUCCAGCAGAGCCUUAUUAGUCACCUAACGUGCGGCAUCAUCGCGGACGGCAAGCAGGUGCUGGCCCUGGGCAGCAAUGGGCGUCCAAGCGAGAGCAAUGGGCGUCCAAGCGAGAGCAACGGGCAUCCAAGCGAGAGCAACGGGCAUUCAAGUCAAAAUAACAGCAAGUCGAAUGGACAAAAAAGACAACAACGUGUGUCGAUCCAAAUUUCGCUUCCGCUUAAUGACUCGCUCGCCGCUACCUGCAUGCCGGAGUCGUGGGCGAGGGCUUCCAUGCUUAUCCGCCUGAACUCCCUAGCCGGUGGUGCAUCGGGCAUUCGGGUCGACAUCGCGGAAUCUCUGAUGAGCCUGUUGAACAAGGACAUCGUGCCGCGCAUACCCGUUCGUGGGAGCAUUUCGGCCUCCGGGGACCUCAGCUCACUCGCGUGGAUCUGCGCCCUGAUGCAAGGCAAGAUGUCCGCUACGGCUUUUAGCGGUCCAAGAGACAUUGAGGGGGCUAGAAGAGUGACGAGGGCCGACGUCGCCUUAUCAGAAGCCGGCAUAAAACCCAUCAGCCUGCACGCCAAGGAAGGCCUCGCCAUCGUCAAUGGCACAGCCGUGUCAGCCGGGGUGGCAGCUCUGGCGGCCCACGAGUCCCUCCACCUAGCGGCGUUGUCGCAGGUGCUGACGGCUAUGAGUGUGGAGGCGCUACGGGGCAGUGAUGAGAGCUUUGAGCCCUUCAUCGCGCGGGUACGCCCACAUCCUGGGCAGGUGGACAGCGCGCGGAACAUCAAGGCGUUCCUGACUGGGUCACAGCUACUCAACCGGCAUGACAGCCGGAACGUGGCGACGUUGCGACAAGAUCGAUACUCCCUGCGCACGGCGAGCCAGUGGAUCGGCCCCGUCCUGGAGGACUUUAGUUUGGCAUACGACCAGCUAACGGUCGAGCUUAACUCGGUGACAGACAACCCGCUGAUCGACACAGAGACGGGCCGCGUGCUCCACGGCGGCAACUUUCAGGCACGCGCCGUCACAUCGGCUGUCGAGAAGCUCCGCCAGGGCCUACAGAGUAUCGGCCGCAUGCUCUUUACCCAGUGCACCGAGAUGAUCAACCCAGCUACCAGCUGGGGCCUGCCGCCCAACUUAUGCUCCGACGACUCUAACAACUCAUUCCUGUUUAAGGGGCUUGAUGUGGUCGUUGCCGCCCUAACCUCCGAGCUGGGCUUCCUGGCCAACCCUGUCGGGUCGCACGUCCAGACGGCCGAGAUGGGCAACCAGGCUCUCAACUCCCUGGCGCUAGUGUCGGCCCGGUACACACUUGAGGCCGUGGACGUGCUGUCUCAGAUCGCCUCGGCGCAUCUUCUGGCGCUGUGUCAAGCUCUUGACCUGCGCACCAUAGAGAUUGAGGGCCGGAAUUAUGACGACCCUCCUAACGCGAUGCCAUACAUCGGCCAGGCCUCGCGGCGCAUGUAUCGCUUCAUUCGGAAGGAUCUCGGCGUUCCGUUCCUGGACGAAAUGCACCUAGCUUCGACCGAGGCCGCAACCCCGGAUGGUGCUACGCCAAGCAUAGGGCUUUACAAUACGCAAGUCUACGAGUCUAUCAGGUCUGGACGCUUGUACGAUGUCGUUCUAGAGAGUCUCCAAGAAGUGGAGGCGCAACGAAAUACGAAUGGGAAACCCAUGUAG